CCGUACAAAAUGUUUCGUUCAAUUGUUUCUGUCCUCAUCGUGGCCGUGGCGCUGGUUCACGCGGCUGUCAUCGAUGUUUCCCAGGAGAAGAACGUGCACCUGGAAUUCACCAGCAACGAAGAGGAGCAGCAAACGAAAUCGCUGGGCCCCUAUCCCGAGGAACGUGGACCUCUCUUUAUCGGUGACCUGGUCGCUGGUCAGCGCUAUGCAGACGAAACAGUCUUCCGUCGAGUAAUCGAAUUCAACAAUCCAACUAACACGAUCCAAGCUACCACUUUAGACGUGUCUGUGACCAGUGGAAGCAUUCAUUACCUGAGUGCUCGCAACGUACAAGGUAGCCAAGCAGUUGUCUGCGGUCAUCCAAACGAGUUAGGAAGGAGCAAAACCAGCAUCAACCUUCGAGUGCCACCCAAUUCUUUGGCUACCCUAAACCUUCUCGUUGCAGCACACGAUCGUACGAAACGUUGGGUGUAG